AUUAAAUGAUGCGACACGCAUUGUAUUGUGCAUCUGAGUGUCGAACGCUGAGUGUUGAUUCUUCAUAAACAGUGAAAAAAGAAAUAAAGGUAAGUUUUUUACAAGUGGCAUUUUUGCUUUUCACAUGGUUCUUUUUUGUUUUGUCUUUGAUACCCCCCCCCAAAUGUUAUUUUUGGACAUUGUAUGUCAAAGGGAUUUUUAUGAACAUGACCACCGAUUGCGCUGUAUCGUAUGCCGUAUCAGCUGCGUUCUUGUGUGAUCAAAGCAGCUAUAGGAUUUUGUUUGGGGCGAGUAUAGAGCAUAAUUAGAAGGGGUUUAUUAUAGUUUGGCGGUUGUGGCGCAUUUGAGAGGGCGAAGAAGAAACACUCGGUGAUGGAAAGUCGAUGAGCAUAGCCAGACUAUAUUACAUAACAUAAGCUCCAUUUGAAGAUUGACUGCCUUCACAAUAAUAAAAUAGAAUGAAGCGUAGUAAAUUUGUCAUUGUCCAUUGAGUAUAUCUGCUAUACUCCUAUAGAAAAAUUGUCGAAACAUGGGAAGUCGGAACUGCAUGAGUUUGUAAAUUAUUAAAUGUAGAUCAAUUCUUAUGCAAAAAAAAACAAAACGGCUUAUGGGACGUAUAGCAAUAGCAACUAUGGCUAUGCAUGCAGUUUUGGAACUGUCAAUUGAUUAUCGUUAUUUGAAAGUAUCAAUGGGCCUCCAUGUAUCAUGCAAAACCUUUUCAAAUUUCCUCCGGAUAAAAUUUAAAGUUUCCAAACCUUCCUCAAAAUAAAUAAAAUAGAUAUGGUUUCAUCAAAUAGCAAUAUACUAGAGUAUAUAAACUUAACUGAUUCUGAAAGCAUAACACACAGUACAUGAUUCUAAUAUAUAAAUUUGCCAUAAUAGAUUUAUACUUUGGACAAAUUGAAUAGUCCUUACCUACUAUGUCCACAUCCUAUAUCAUAUAUUGAAUAUAAAAUAAUAUUUAAAAAUGAUAUUACUGUACUUGUGGUUUCGAAAGGCAUUUGAGAGUGUUUAGGUCUUCAGACGUGUGACCCAAUUGCCCAAUUUCACAAUCAGUGAGGCAGCGAAUGCUCUCACUUGUUUCUGAGGCAAAGUGCUAAAUUUAAACCAAGCCGUAUAGUGCCCUGCAUGACAGUUUAUGGCAAUGUUUGGAGUGGUUGAAAAUCAAUGGCAAUGCCAAUGGCAAUAUAUCUCUAUACCAGAUGCUGCCAAUCCUGCAAUAUACUUAUAUAGUUUGUGGGAAUUGACAGUGUAGGUAUCAGGCAUGUAAAUAAUGAUUUCGAUUAUAGGACCUCAAUAUAUUCUGUUGAUCUGUAUUAAAUAUGUAUGACAGCUACACAACUCAGUAAUUAAGCUGUACUUUUUUUGUCCGACUCACAUCACACAUGCUAAAAUUUCUUCCUCAACUUUGUUUAAUAUAAGGCCAUUAUUUAUAUAACACAAGGAAGUGCUGCCUCGCCGCCAAAACUUUGGGUUAACACUAUAAUGGAAACAUAACACUAUUAUAAUUUUUAAACAAUGAAAAUCGGAUUUUAUUGUAACAAUCGCGUGCAUAUAUGUUACAACAAUAUUCUAAUUGUCUAAAAUUAACAAAACAGUUCUCUGCAAUGAAACGCUUCGCCCAGCGACUACGCUCGUGUUCCCAGAUCCGCCAUGUAAAGUGUAGUGAAAUGUAUCUCAUCGUCAUAUUAAAUACUAAGAAAACUAAAGCCUCUGCGGAGGAGAGAGAAACGGGUCCAUUUUCUGAGCACUCCAAACAAUUGUAGUAUUACAAAUCGGGUGUUUGGGUAUCAAUUUCCCGUUUGCAAUCUAAAAUGACUGAAAAUUGCAAACUUCGCAAGGCUAUAUUAUCCGCAUUUUACAACAUUUCGCAUCGAAACUUCGGAAUAUUACUAAUUUUGUGAUGCUCUUUCAAGCUGUGAUGAAAUUUUUGUCUAGAUCAAAAUUUUAGUUAUAAGGUUAAAGGUCCAUUAAGGUACACGGAAAAAUGUUGAAGAUAGUCAUAUCUUCACAUAUCAAAAUCGACAAUGUUUGGUCUUAUAUAUUAAACAUUUUUAUAAACACGGCAAGCACACUGUAACUACUAAAAUCUAAAUUCGACUUAAUUGCAACCGAAUUUAUCUCUAGUGGUCCAUUGUAACUACAGAACGAAAGACUAGACCAUGCAGAGGGUACUUGUUUAGAUCUUGUAUUUGUCGUUUUGGCAAAAGCUACCUAAGUCUUAAUUUUCAUUGUUAACAUUCGUGAUAUCAUUUGGUUUUGGAAUUCCACCUCAUUAGUCAGUAUGAUUAAAAUGUUCUUCGUCGAGGUCCAGUGUAAGGAGAAUUAUAAGCACCAAUGGACUUGGGUCGAAAGCUUCGCCAAAAAAGGCAAAGCCGAGGCAAAGAAAUAAACCUGUCCACAAAACAAAACAAUUAUAUUUAUUUUUACCAUUCAAACCUUGGCAUUUGUGCUUUACAACAAUGCUACCAAGGUAACGAAAUAUCUUUAAAGCAAAAUACACCAAUUGCCAUAUUUGGAAACCCCAUGCAUGCACAAAAUGCUUGAGAACGACUAUCUUUUUAUCUCCAAAUUACGGCAAAUAAAAAGAUUUCGAAAGUUCUUGAAAUAUAUGUUUAGCGUUGGCGUAAUUGCCUGAAUGUCUAUACAAAGUCUUGUCUUGUGUGAUAUUUGGCCAAAGGCAAGCCGGCAAGGGCAUGGCCAUGCAUGAAAACAGGAGUAGGUAGUGCCAAUAAUAUAACAAGCUUUCGUUGGUAGGGAUUGUUUCGCCCCCAAAUCAUUAGAUAUCAAUCCCUAUAUAGGCGAAACAAUCCCUACCAACGAAAGCUUGUUAUAUUAUUGGCACUACCUACUCCUGUUUUCAUGGCCAUGGCCAUGCCCUUGCCCUUGGCCAAAUAUCACACAAGACAAGACUUUGUAUAGACAUUCAGGCAAUUACGCCAACGCUAAACAUAUAUUUCAAGAACUUUCGAAAUCUUUUUAUUUGCCGUAAUUUGGAGAUAAAAAGAUGGUCGUUCUCAAGCAUUUUGUGCAUGCAGGGUUUCCCAAUAUAUGGCAAUAAUUGGUGUAUUUUGGUUUUUAAAGAUAUUGCGUUUAUACCUUGAUACCAUUGUUAAUAAGAGGGACCUUGUAGGUUGCAUGGUAAAAAUAAAUAUAGAAAAAUAUAUAUAUUUGUGGACACGUUUAUUUCUUUGCCUCGGCUUUGCCUUUGAGGCUUUGCCAAGUCCAUUGGUGCUUAUAAUUCUCCUUAAGGACAUACCGGACGCCAGCCUAGACCUAGGCCUUCUAUUUUUAUUGAUAUUUUUUUAAUAUUCAGCGCUUUUUCACAUGAAAAGAUUGGGAGUCCCAGUCUUUUCAUGUGAAAAAGCGCUGAAUAUGAAAAAAAUAUAAAUAAGACUAGAAGGCCUAGGUCUAGGCUGACCGGACGCGAUUCGACAAUUAUACCGUUUACACGACAAGCGUAUUGGACACGGCACCCCUGAAAAUGGGCACCGUGCCAAAACUCCCACUUCGCUAUUUUUACACGACAACUUUUUGUAAACACACUUUUAUGAUAAGCACCGUGCCCAUCGGAAAAAAGCACCUCUACUUUCCGUUUACGACGGUAUAUUUUAAAGAAUAAAGAUGUCGGACAGAAAUAGAAUUAUCUCAAUACUAGAAAAGUACUUUAUAAGGGCCUGUUCAUAUGCAUGGGAAAAAGUUAUCCCGGUAAUAGCGAGAAAACUUUUCGACAAGUUUACAAGCGAGAUCUCGCCUUUUGGAAAGAGGACAAAUUGUUUUGCGCAUGCUCGAUGUCAAACACUUUUUUAUUUGUUUUCGAAAUUUGGGCACGGCACCGCUUGCUAGACGUGCCGAGACUACCACGUGAGAAAGUCUCGGCACGUUUAAUUUUUGGGCACCGGUGCCAAUUUUUGUCACGUUUACACGCCAAAAGGCAGAGGUGCCGUGCCUAAAAUUUUGGGCACGGGUGCUCAUUUUUAGGGGUGCCGUGCCCAAAACACUGGUCGUGUACACCGGCCUAAGCGUUAUAACAUUUUGAGUUAUUUGGUCUACAUAUCUUUUAAAAUUUGCUCUCAUUGGCUGUUUCAUCAACUUUCAAAAACUACAAAAUCGCGUCGCGUUGUCGAAUCGCGUCCGGUGUGUCUGGACCUUUGGAAUUCCAAAAUCACGAAUGUUGACAAUGAAGAAUUAAGUAGCUUUUGCCAUAAUACCAUGGAGAACCGACAAUUAUAUAAUAACUACAAUGAAACACGCAAUUUGAUUGGUCAAGAGCCGUGCAGGAUCAGGCUAUCCUGCACGAGGAAUUAAAAUGCCUUCGCGGGAUUCUCGAAAAUACGGCUCGAGCUUUGUUUCACUGUAGUUAUUUUGUAAAACAAUUACCAAAUGGUUUUCCAAGCAGGAUAGCGUGAUCCAUGGCCAUGCACUUGGGAUGUUGCUCGACUUUCGGAAAGCGUAAAAAUACACUCGCAUGCGGCUCGACUAUUUUUACGCUUUCCGAAAGUCUCGCGACAUCCCUCGUGCAUGGAUCACGCAAUCCUGCACGGAAAACCAUUCGGUAUUCCUGUAAUACAAGAUCUAAACAAGUACCCUCUAGUAUAAGUAUACCCUCUGGUCUAAUCUUUCUGUAGUUACAAUGCACCAUUAGACGGCUCUGUAAGAACAUGCAGUCUACAACAAAUAAGCUAUCCAGUAUAAAUAAAUUUAGUUUCACUGAGUUAUGUUGAAUUUAAUCGUCACAGUGUGCUUGCCGUGUUUAUAAAAAUGCAUGUUUAAUUAAUAAGACCAAAUAUUGUCGAUUUUGAUAUGUGAAGAUAUGACUAUCUUCAACAUUUUUCCGUACCUUAAUUAAACAGAAAACUUUGUCAGCAUCGCAUAUAAGCUUUAAAAUGAUAUACAGUAUAUAACAUACUCGUACAAAUAUAUUUGAUAUUUCUUGAAAGUCCUGGUAUUAAUUUCCUUAACCUCCAACUGUGCCAACAUUAGUGAUUUUGAUUAAAACUACUGAAUAAAGUAAAUUAUUUUCAAAGAUUUUUCCCAGUUCUAGGUCCUUGAAUUUACUGAAAAAGGGUCUUGAAAGUCCUGGAAAAGUCCUUGAAUUUCACCUUCACCAAAGGGUGGACACCCUUGUAUACAGUUGCUACGUCCCAUAAGCCGUUUUGUUUUUUGCGUAAGAAUGGAUCUAUAAUUUACAAACGCCAGUUCCGACUUCCUAUGUUUCAACUAUUUUUUCUAUAGCAGAUAUACACAAUGACUGAAAUUUACUAUGCUUCAUAAUUAGAUUUUAUUUUUGUAAAGGCAGCCAAUCUUCAAAUGGAGCUUAUGUAUAUAGUCUAGCUAUGCUCAACGACUUUCCAUCACCGAGUGAUUACUUGUUCACCGUGUAAACCGCAUGCACGAAUUAAAAUUGAGUAUAUCCGAAAAUUGCCCUCUCAAAUGCGCCACAACCGCCUAAGCGCCAAACUAUAAUGGUGAUUGCUAGAAAGUAUACUUCAAAAUAAGGUUUCCGUUUUUAUAACGUAGAAAAAACCAUCCUAACGCAAAACUAAACCCUAAUACUAAUUCUAACCACGACCCCCUUCGUCUGAAGUUAGUAGCGGGGGCCGGAAAAAUUAAAUCCAUCUGAUUAGUUUAUUUUUUGUCAUGCGAUCGCUUUUAUAUUCUUAGUAUAAAAGCUCAUGUAAUUUUCCGACCCCUGCUACUAACUUCAGACAAGGGGCCUUCGCUCGAAACGUCGAAAGCUUGUUGAGCAAAUCUACCUUCUGGGGCUGGUUGUAUAAAAAAGUGAUUAAAGUUAACUAUGAUUAAGUGCAAACGUCAUCCAAUAAGAAGCGCCUAUUUGAGAGUUAAUCACUAUUUAACUACAAAAUAGUGAUGAAAAAAGUGAUUAAGAGUUUUAUACCACUGGCCCCUGAUUUACAAGGCGAAAUUGGCAACGAUGUUUGACUUAGUUUUCGAUACAUCCUGUGUAUCGACAUUUCGGAAUUUCUUCUUCGAUGUCUGAUUAUGUCUAUUAUUCUGGCAAAUGAUUAUUUUUUAACUACGGAGCACGGUAUAUUAUGAUUAUUUUUUGUUCUGAUUUUUUUGGUUUAAUAUUUUCUAGAUAAGUUUAAGUAAUGAAGUCAUUAGUGAUAAGCUUGGCUUUGCUCUCAUUGUUGAUGGGUAUGGUCCGAGGUCAUGGCUAUCUCAAAGUUCCACCCGGCCGUGCAAGUCGCUGGCGUUAUGGCUUCCCUGGUCCAAACGAAUACACUGACAAUCAACUGAGCUGUGGCGGUAGGUCUGUCCAAUGGUCGCGACAUGGAGGCAAAUGUGGUGCAUGUGGAGACGAAUAUGGUAUCAGCAACCCCAAGUAUGUCUAUCCUGGUGCCUUUGCAAAUCAACCACCAAUUGUGAAGACCUACACCGAAGGAUCACUGAUUGAAGUGACUGUGAAAAUAACAGCCAAUCAUAAAGGGUAUUUCAUAUUCCGCGUAGCGCCAUUGGUUAAUCCACCGAUCACGCAAACAGAUCUGGAUAACACCAUGCUGGAACUGGAGAAUGGUGAUCAGGAAUGGACUCUGGGUGAUACUGGCGCUGGUGAUUAUACCAUCACACUCAGGCUACCCACGGGAUUGUCAUGCGACCACUGCGUACUUCAAUGGUGGUAUACCACCGGGAAUAAUUGGAUGGGGAACGAACCAGAGACAUUCGUCAACUGUGCUGAUAUCAAGAUCUUGCCUGCAACCAACCCACAGACAGGCACAACCGUCCCAAGUUCUGCAACUACAUCAAGUGCUGGCACAUGUCCACCUUGCAACUGCCCUACUGUUUGCCCGACUGUUACACCUUGCCCGAGUCAACCCGCACCACCUGUCACUGCCCCACCUGCUACUACCCAACCCGCACCACCCGCGACCAACCCACCCGCACCACCUGCCACUGCCCCACCUUCUUCAGGGUGUUAUGCUGUAUCGCCAACAGCGACUGAUGCUUGGUGCACUGCGAAUUGCGCAGCUGGAUACUGCCCUGCAUCACACUGCGCCUGCAGUUAACUGUAUCACGAGGGUCUAAACGUUCAAAUAGAAGCAAGUGAAGAUGGUUCCCGACAAGUCACUGUCUUUAUCUGCUUUUUAUCUUGGAUAUAAAUAUUCAUCAAUUGCUUCUGUUUUGAUCGUUCUGUUAUUUUUAUUAAUUAACUAGUAUUAUUAUGUGCCUUGCAUUACAUAGACUGCACAGGUGGUGCCUUGGUUUUCGAUAACGAGAAAUGUAUAUAUUGAUUUUAGCAAGAAAGGGACUUCUUGGUCGUUUUAAUAUUAUAGUUUCAGCCGCCACUAAGUUGAAAGGUGCCGAUUCAGUGAUACAUGACAACCAUUAUCUUCCUUGAUACAAAAACCAUCUACAAUCUUUGCCAGAAACUAUGGGACAGCUGCUGUAAUUUCAUAUAAUUUGAAAGGAAUAGCGCCCCCCGUUCCCCCAGUUCAGUGUUGGGUCAACAAAAAUCUGAUGUCUGGAUACGCGACGCCAACAUUGAAACGGGUGGGGGGAGGGAGGGUGGAAAAUAUGUAUCAGGAAAUGGUAUUUUACAACCGAAUGCAUGUGAAAACUAGAUUGUCCCAAUCUAUAUUGUCAAAGAUUGUAGAA